AUGCUGCUCAGGCUGCUGUUGCUGCUGCUUCUGCUGUUUCUGCUGCAGCAGAUACAGCAGCAGCAGCAGCAGCAGCAGCAGCAGGAGGAAGAGACAGAAGAAGCAGCAGCAACAGAUAUCUACUCUCGUCUAGGAGAGAAGCAGCAGCAGCAGCAGCAGCAGCAGCAGCAGCAGCAGAAGGAGACAAAGAAAAAGAAAAAGAAGGAGACAGUGAUAGAGAAAGAGAAGGAGACAGAUAUAGAUAUAGAGACAGAUACAGAGAAGGAGACAAAGAAAGAGAAGGAUAUAUAUAUAGAGAAGGAGACAGAGAAAGAGAAAGAGAGAGAGAAAGAGAAAGAGAAAGAGAAAGAGAGAGAGAAGGAGACAGAUAUAGAGAAGAAGGAGACAGAUAUAGAGACAGAGAAGGAGACAGAUAUAGAGGAAGAGGAAGAGAUAUAUAUUAUAGAGAAGGAGACAGAGAAAGAGAAGGAGACAGAUAUAGAGAAAGUGAAUACAGCUAUAGGUAUAGAGGAGAUAGAUAUAGAGAAGAAAGAGACAGAGACGGAGACAGAGAAAGAGAAAGAGAAGGAGACAGAGAAAGAGAAGGAGACAGAGAAAGAGGAGACAGAGAAAAAGAUAGAGAAAGAGAAAGAGAAAGAGAAAGAGAAGAAAGAGGAGACAGAUGGGGAGGAGACAGAAACGGAGGAGACAGAUACAGAGGAGGUAAGGAAAGGAAACAAAAAAAAAAAAGCAGACAGAAAGAGACAGAAAGAGAAAUAA